AUGGAAUCGUUGUCUAAACAAGAGCUGAUAUCUACCAUAACAAAACAAGCAGAUCAAAUCAAAAGAUACGAAGCUCGUUUAAGAGACGUUGUUGCUGCGUACAAAGGCCUUGUGAAGGAGAAAGAAGCCUUGGAGAUUAGUUUGAAGGCUUUAAAUAAAACAGAAGAUGAUGGAAGUGGAGCAGGAUCUUCUGAUUCAAUCGCAGCACUCACUCUAUCUCUGUCAACUCUUACAGCAGAAAAGAAUCGUAUGGAAGAAGUCUUUCAAGCAGACAAGAAAGUUACCAGGGAGAAGUAUGAAAACAUGUUAGCAUCAAUGAGAGAGGAAACAAAGACGUUGGUGCAGCAACAUUUAGCCGAAGUCGCAAAUCUGAAGACAAAGAUAGCAUAUGAGAUUCAGGAAAGAGAAAAAGAGAGGGCAGAUCACGCAGCUAUGUUGAAAGAGCUCCAUCUGAAGUUGAACACAGAAAGAAAAAACAAGGAAAAGUUAGAAGACAAAGUUGUUCAAAACACAGAGUCUGAAGCAUCACAGGCCGAUCUAGAGAAACGUGUACGAGAUCUCAGCGGAUAUCUCGAAGCUAGUCAACGGAGAUUGAUGCGAGCUGAGGCGAGGACAGCGGAAACACCGGCGCUGUUGGUGAGGCUGCAACAGAAGCUGGCGCUGCUCGAACAGACACACGCGGUCGCUAUACGAGAGGAACAGAUUAAAGCGAAACGUGCUGAAGAAUCGGCUAGGAAGAUAUGCGCGAGACAGGAAGAACGAGUGGCGCUUCUUGAAGGCAAAGUGGCGGAACUAUCACAAACAAUAGGAGAAUAUGAUAUGAUGAGGAGACGAGACCAGAACACGAUACAGCAAUUAAGAGACUCGUUUAAUGGAAGGCUACUCGAAAAGAUUGCCAGUAACGGCGCUGAUGGCACUGAUGGUAGUAAUGAUGAGACUCAAAAAAGCGAGACGGACAACGAGAAAUUAGCUGACAGUGAAUAUUUGCAAACUUUGAUAGACAAAAUACACAUACUGAAGAAAGAGUUACUCGCUGAGAACGAAAAGCUAGGCGGUCCGGUCGACAUCACGACUGUAUUCAAACUAGACGGGUAUGACGACUUACAUAAGAAAUGCAGAGAGGAGUACGACAAUUUGAAAAUGGAAUACGACAAUUAUAAGUUCCUUAACGUCAAAGUGACGGGUGGGGAUGAGAGCGAGACGGAAGAUCUGAAGAGCGAGAUAGAUAUGUUGAAAGAGAAAGUUAAUACUUACGUGUUAUUGUUGGACGAAGAGAAACAGGUUAAGGCUGAACUGUUGCGACUUCAUGAAGAGAAACUAAAAACCGAAAAGGAAUAUCACAAAGAGGUUACAUCGGAUCUUAAAAAUAGGAUACAGAGUCUGGAGAAACAAGUUCAUACGCAGAGAGAGAGGUACGCGACUCUGUUAGAGGAGACUGACAGCUACAUACGGUCACGACACGAACGAUCGAGGAAAGUUAGCACCGAGGAUGGCUGGAAGGACGGACAUGUGAUUAAUGAUGGUAUGUCUCCUCACAUGUUGCAUUACGCCCACGAGCUGGCUCGCCGCGACCUCGACAUAACUCAGCUGCGGAGAGAGAAACACACUCUUGAAGGACUACACAGAGAUUGUCAACGUGAAGCUACUAUAGAAAAGGAGCGUUACAAGGAGGUGGUGAGAACACUCAAAGAAGAGAUUGACAGAUUACGAAGAACUCAGUCCCGUGAAGGCGCUAAUCUUGAAUAUUUGAAGAAUGUUGUCAUAUCAUAUCUCAUGUCUAGUGACUACGUCGGAAGAAAACACAUGCUGAACGCGAUAGCCGCUGUUCUACACUUCACAGAUAAUGAAAGAAAAACCGUGCUCAGUAUAUUGUAA